AUGACCAAGGUCGCUAUCAACGUCGAGGAGAUACAACGGGAGAUCGUGGUCGCCAUCAAGAACAGGAGGAGCAAGCGUAGAGGUGUUGGACGGCCCAAGAAUGAGGACCGGGGCGAUAGCAUCGGAGUCGUCCGCCCAGGCGAUUUGCACGACGCACAUCACGCUCUGGUAGAGGCUCAUAGACUGUACAACAUUGGCAAUGGCUUCUCCCCAGACGGAGACGUUCGGAAUGAAGAGACUGGCAGAGAUUCAAGCGGUGAGAAGACCCCGGAGUACGUUCCAGAGAUGUUGCAAGCGAUGAGAGCAGGACGUCAUUUUCUGAACAACGAUGACGAGCCGGCCGAUGACUUUCGGGCGCCAUCUCAUGAGUCGUCUGAUAUCGAGGACAUUCACCAACGUACUCCUGUACCCUCAGCUUCCUUUCUUGGGCCUAGCAACGUCAUCGGCAAGAUGCCGGCUAUAGGACUGCAUGGCGCUAGCCUGGAAGGAAGGAUCAACGGACUACCGAAUCCACCUUUCCAUUCCAUGCUGAGGAGGAUGAGGCCACCAGUUCCCAUACCACAAGAUGGAUUCGAACAACGACGAGUUGGUGGACGUACGAGAGUAAGCAAAAGCCCAGCGGUAUCACCAGAGCGUGGACCUAGUACACCAGCCAAUGCCCAGGCCAGCCAACAUGACCCGUCCCGCCCGCCCUAUCUGAGCACCGGCCAGGUGAGUCCUCGUAGAGAGGCAAAUGAUCGGCUGAUACGGGAGCGCCCUCAACCUCCGAGGAGGCGGGAGGCUGAAAGUUCCGAUGCUGAUAUGACGCCCCGACGCGUCGCCGGGCGGAAGCGGGGUGUCGAAGAAAUUGAAGAUCGCCUUGACUUCCUGGAUUUCGGCGGUUAUGAUAAAGAGUUUGAGACACCCGAGGACAUGCUCAUGACACUUCGGGCGGAAGACGAAAUGUCACGCAUGACCCAAAAGCGCCUGAAGACCGAAGGGGCAUGGAGCUUGGUUGAGGGUAGAAGAAGGUACUUGCAGCUCAUGCUGGAGGUGGAAGAGCGAAAACAGAGAGCUAGGCAGGAGGCUGCUGCUGCCGCCGACGCAGAUCUUUUGUAG